UCUUCAAAUCUCACUCAACAGCAGAGUAUUCAGAAUCCACAGAAAAGUUACAAGUGUACGAAAUGUGAGAAAGCCUUUACUAACUCAUCCAGUCUAAGUAGACACAGGAAAAUUCAUUCAGGAUGGAAACCUUUCAAAUACACAGAGUGUGGCAACACCUCUAAGCAGAAUUCAGAGCUUAGUCAAGAUCAGCAAAUCCACACUGGCAAGAAACCUUAUGAAUGUAAAGAAUGUGGAAAAGCAUCUAUGUGUUACUCAAACCUUAGUCAACAUCAGCGAAGUCACACGGGGGAGAAGCAUUAUAAAUGUACAAAGUGUGGCAAAGCCUUUAAUCAGAAAUCACAUCUUACUGAACACCAGAGAAUUCAUACUGGAGAGAAGCCUUAUAAAUGUAAAGAAUGUGGAAAAGCCUUCAGUCACUGCUCAACUCUUACUCAACACCAGCGAAUUCAUACUGGAGAGAAGCCUUAUAAAUGUAAGGAUUGUGGCAAAGAAUUUAAGAAGUGCUCAGGUCUUACUUACCACCAGAGAAUUCAUAAUGGAGAGAAACCUUACAAAUGUAAGGAUUGUGGCAAAGAAUUUAACCACUGCUCAGGUCUUACUUACCAUCAGAGAAUUCAUACUGGAGAGAAGCCUUAUAAAUGUACAGAAUGUGGGAAAUCCUUUAGUCAGAACUCAACUCUUACUCAACACCAGCGAAUUCAUACUGGAGAGAAGCCUUAUAAAUGUAAGGAUUGUGACAAAGAAUUUCACCAGUGCUCAGGUCUUACUUACCAUCAGAGAAUUCAUACUGGAGAGAAACCUUAUAAAUGUACAGAAUGUGGGAAAUCCUUUAGUCAGAACUCAACUCUUACUCAACACCAGCGAAUUCAUACUAGAGAGAAGCCUUAUAAAUGUAAAGAAUGUGGAAAAGCCUUCAGUCACUACGCAACUCUUACUCAACACCAGCAAAUUCAUACUGGAGAGAAGCCGUAUAAAUGUAAGGAUUGCGGCAAAGAAUUUCACCAGUGCUCAGGUCUUACCUACCACCAGAGAAUUCAUAAUGGAGAGAAGCCUUAUAAAUAUAAGGAUUGUGGCAAAGAAUUUAACCAGUGCUCAGUUCUUACUUACCAUCAGAGAAUUCAUACUGGAGAGAAGCUUUAUAAAUGUACAGAAUGUGGGAAAUCCUUUACUCAGAACUCAACUCUUACUCAACACCAGCAAAUUCAUACUGGGGAGAGGCCUUAUAAGUGUAAGGAUUGUGCCAAAGACUUUAGCAGGCACUCAGGUCUUACUUACCAUCAGAGAAUUCAUACUGGAGAAUAACCUUAUAAAUGGAAAGAAUGCAGAAAAGCCUUCAGUCACCACUCAAGUCUUAUUCAACACCAGCGAAUUCCUACUGGAGAGAAACCUUACAAAUGUAAAGAAUGUGGAAUAGCCUUCAUCAAGCACUCACAUCUUACUCAACAUCAGAGAAUUCAUACUGGAGGAAAAACCUUACAAAUGUAAGGAAAGUGCCAAAGGCUUUAAUCAGAGCUCUCACCUUAUUAGAUACCAGAGAGCACGUACUGGAGAGAA